AUGUGCAAGGGGUGUUCCCUCAAAAGAUACCCACCCCCUCCAGUUCAAGGCUAUGAGCACCGCCAGCUCGGACACCAGCAUCCAGGUCCAGGAUCUUAUCCCAACAGUUUCCAACUCCGGCAAAUAGAGUUUCUCAAGGGGCGGCUCCCAGAAGUGCCCCUGACUAAACAGCAGACACAGUCACCACCACUGUUCCUCCCUGGACUCCAGCCAAGGUUUCCAGAACCACGUGCCAGAGACAGGCAACUGGAGAUCUGGAAUAUCCCCAGGGGCGUGCCUGUCAGAAAUCAGGGGGUCCAGAGAGGGUUCCAGCAUCCUUUGCCAUGGAUUCGGCCAUGGAGGGGUGUUGAUCGGCUUGCCUCACGUUUCCAGGAACUGAAUAUCAACCAAAAUCAGGAACAAAGGAUCUUAAAGCUCUUGGAGGAGCUUGGGGAAGGGGAGACCACCACAGUGUAUGAUCUGACUAGAAAACUUGGAACCCCAAAGAAGGAAAUUAAUCGCAUUUUAUAUUCUCUGGAAAAGAAGGGUAAGCUACAUCGAGAGGCAGGAACACCACCCUUGUGGAAAAUUGCAGUCUCAGUUCAGGCCGGGGAUCAGCACAGCAAAGCUGUAAGACAAGACAAUCAUAGCCAAGAAGCCCCAAAGUUAGAUUCCAGUUUGGAAACUGUGGAUAGAAACCCCAUAUUGGGUUUGGGAGCCAAAGACAGAAAUCCCACAUCUGACUUGGAAACUGAAGGCAGAAACCCCACAUCGGGCUGGGAAGCUGAAGGCAGAAACCCCACAUCUGACUUGGAAGCUGAAGGCAGAAACCCCACAUCUGACUUGGAAGAUCCUCCUGAUUGUUUUGUCAUGGCUGAGAUCAAGGAGAAAAUCUGCAACUAUCUGUUUAAUGUGUCCAACUCUUCUGCCCUGAAUUUGGCUAAAAAUAUUGGCCUUACCAAGGCCCGAGAUGUAAAUGCCAUGCUGAUUGACUUGGAAAGGCAGGGAGAUGUCUACAGGCAAGGGGCAACCCCUCCCAUAUGGUAUCUGACUGACAAGAAGCGAGAAAGGAUGCAAAUCAAGAGAAAUGCAAACAGUGUUCCUGAAUCCACUCCAGCUGUAACCCCUGAGACCAAAAGAAGUGUCCAACUCCCCACCUGUAACUUACCUGUUUCAGGUGCUUCAGGCAACACAGUCGCCAUGGGAAAAGUGGCAAAUGGGCAGGAACCUGUCGUAAAGUUAGAAAAUAGGCAAGAGGCCACACCAGAACCAGUCAAAUUGAAACCACCUGUUCAUGACAAUGGCCCCUCAAAAACAGGGUACGUUGACUUUGAAAAUGGCCAGUGGGCCACAGAUGACAUCCCAGAUGACUUGAAUAGUAUCCGCGCAGCACCAGGUGAGUUUCGAGCCAUCAUGGAGAUGCCCUCCUUCUACAGUCAUGGCUUGCCACGGUGUUCACCCUACAAGAAACUGACUGAGUGCCAGCUGAAGAACCCCAUCAGCGGGCUGUUAGAGUAUGCUCAGUUCGCUAGUCAGACCUGUGAGUUCAACCUGAUAGAGCAGAGUGGACCACCCCAUGAACCUCGAUUUAAAUUCCAGGUUGUCAUCAGUGGCCGAGAGUUUCCCCCAGCUGAAGCUGGCAGCAAGAAAGUGGCCAAACAGGAUGCAGCUAUGAAGGCCAUGACCAUUCUGCUGGAGGAAGCUAAAGCCAAGGACAGCGGGAGGUCAGAGGAAUCAUACUACUAUUCCCCAGAGAAAGAAUCUGAGAAGACUACUGAGUCCCAGCCCACCACCCCUUCAGCAACAUCCUUUUUUUCUGGGAAGAACCCCGUUACUACAUUGCUUGAGUGUGUGCACAAGUUGGGGAGCUCCUGUGAAUUCCGCCUCCUGUCCAGGGAAGGCCCUGCGCAUGACCCCAAGUUCCAGUACUGUGUUGCAAUGGGACCCCAUACUUUCCCCACUGCAAGUGCCCCCAGCAAGAAAGUGGCAAAGCAGAUGGCUGCAGAAGAAGCCAUGAAGGCCCUCCAUGGGGAGGCAACCAACUCAACAUCUUCUGAUGACCAGCCUGGAGGUGCGAACACAGAAUCGUUUGAUAACUUGGAAUGUAUGAUGCCCAACAAGGUCAGGAGGAUUGGCGAGCUUGUCAGAUACCUGAACACCAACCCUGUGGGUGGCCUGUUGGAGUAUGCCCGUUCCCAUGGCUUUGCUGCUGAGUUCAAAUUGGUUGACCAGUCCGGACCUCCUCACGAGCCCAAGUUCGUUUAUCAAGCAAAAGUUGGGGGUCGCUGGUUCCCAGCCGUCUGUGCCCACAGCAAGAAGCAAGGCAAGCAGGAAGCAGCAGAUGCGGCUCUCCGCGUCUUGAUUGGGGAGAACGAGAAGGCAGAACGCAUGGGUUUCACAGAGCUUCCUCUCACUGGCAGCACCUUCCAUGACCAGAUAGCCAUGCUGAGCCACCGGUGCUUCAAUACUCUCACCAACAGUUUUCAGCCCUCCUUGCUCGGCCGCAAGAUCUUGGCGGCCAUCAUCAUGAAGAAAGACCCUGAAGACCUAGGUGUCGUGGUCAGCUUGGGCACAGGAAAUCGCUGUGUGAAAGGAGACUCUCUAAGCCUAAAGGGAGAAACUGUCAACGACUGCCAUGCAGAAAUCAUCUCCCGGAGAGGCUUCAUCAGGUUUCUCUAUAGCGAGUUAAUGAAAUACAACCCCCACACUGCAAAGGAUAGUAUAUUUGAGCUCGCUAAGGGAGGAGAAAAGCUCCAAAUAAAGAAGACGGUGUCAUUCCAUCUCUACAUCAGCACGGCCCCCUGUGGAGAUGGUGCCCUCUUUGACAAGUCCUGUAGUGACCGUGCCGUGGAGAGCACAGAUUCCCGUCACUACCCUGUCUUUGAGAAUCCCAAACAAGGCAAGCUCCGCACCAAGGUGGAGAACGGGGAAGGUACAAUCCCAGUGGAGUCGAGUGACAUCGUGCCUACGUGGGACGGCAUUCGACUUGGAGAGAGACUGCGUACCAUGUCCUGUAGUGACAAAAUCCUCCGCUGGAACGUACUUGGCCUGCAGGGGGCGCUGUUGACCCACUUCCUGCAGCCUGUGUAUCUCAAAUCUGUCACAUUGGGUUACCUUUUCAGCCAAGGGCAUCUGACCCGUGCUAUUUGCUGUCGUGUGACAAGAGAUGGGAAGGCAUUUGAGGAUGGACUACGACAUCCCUUUAUUGUCAACCACCCCAAGGUUGGUCGAGUCAGUGUAUAUGAUUCCAAAAGGCAGUCAGGGAAGACUAAGGAGACAAGCGUCAACUGGUGUUUGGCUGACGGCUAUGAUCUGGAGAUCCUGGAUGGGACUAGAGGCACUGUGGAUGGGCCACGGAAUGAAUUAUCACGGGUCUCCAAAAAGAACAUUUUUCUUCUAUUUAAGAAGCUGUGCUCCUUCCGUUACCGCAGGGACCUACUUAGACUCUCCUAUGGUGAGGCCAAGAAAGCUGCCCGUGACUACGAGAUAGCCAAAAACUACUUCAAAAAAAGCCUGAAGGACAUGGGCUAUGGGAAUUGGAUAAGCAAACCCCAGGAGGAAAAGAACUUUUAUCUGUGCCCAGUAUAG